UGCCCGAGAUGCAUUGCUUGUAUCUAAACUAACACGCCAUAUUGGAGAGCUAAGAGCAGGAGGGCAGCCGUCAGGUGUGGAAUCCAUUGGCAUCCUCUUCAAUCAGAGGAACGAUGGAGAACCAGUACGGCAUAGUUGUUUCCAACAAGUAUGCGCUUUUCUACGAUGAUGCUGAUCCACUGGAUAUGCUUCAUCAGCAGGAAGCUAAAGUGAAAAAGAAGGACACAGUUAAAAAGGAAGUGGAUAAGUCCAAAGCUAAUAAAGCUAAUAAUAAAUCCACCAAAAAGCCAGUUGCACCCAGUCCGCAGGAAUCCAAAUCAAAGGCACCAGAACAGAGUUCACAGCGGAGAGAUGUGGUAGAAAGCAAUAGAAGAGAAAGUGCCCCUCGCGGUCAGAACAGAGGACGAGGAAGAAGUUUCCGGCCGAAUCGAGAGACCGAAUCCAAAGAUUCCAAUGAAUUUGGGGACAAUGAAACAGAGCGCCGACCUCCUCGGCGAAGGGAUGAUUUCUCGUCUGAUUAUCGUUUGCUGAUGUCUAAUCAGAUAUAUUUUUACAUUUGCAGUGGAGUAAAGGCAGUUGAGAAAAAGGAAGGUGGUGGUUCCCACAAUUGGGGAACAAUGAAAGAUGAUAUGGAGGAGCAGCUCAAGGAGACUGAAACUCAGGAGUGGAGUGCCCAAGCAGAGGAUGCCGAAAACCAGGAUCCUAAUGAGACCACUGCAGAGACCACGGAGGCCAAUCCUGAAGUGCCUGACGAAGAGCAAAUCGUCAAGCAAAUGACUCUGGACGAAUGGAAGGCCCUGGAAAAGAAAAACCGUGUAAAAACUGAGUUCAACAUCCGCAAGCCCAAUGAAGGGGUUGAUGAGUCUCAGUGGAAGAAGACCUACGUUCUGAAAAAGAAAGAAUCUGAUGAUGAGGAUGAAGAUGAGGAUGAGGACGAAGGUUAUGAAGAUGAACCUCGUCGUGGCAAGAACAUCCUCCACAACAUCAAGAUUACAUUUAAUGAUUCCCCACGCCGUGGACGUGGUGGUGGCAGACGUGGACGUGGAAGUGGUGCGGAAAGAGGUGGUGGAGAAAGAGGCACAGGUGGCCGUGGAGGUGGUCGUGCAAUCAGCAGAGCAGAGAAGAAAGGUGGACCACGUGAAUCUGCUCCAUGCAUGGAUGAUGAGAAUGACUUUCCUCGUCUUGUCCACACUGCAGCAUGAUUUUCAUGGCUUUUUUCACUUUAUUCAUGGAAAUGAAAAUGCUAUGUAAACAUAAAUCAUCUUGUUGGAUUUGCCAUGGAAUACUGAACGUUUGUACUUCAAAUAUUGAUAGAAACUGAGCGAAGAUCUCCAGCAAGUUUUUUCUAUGGUUUCAUUACCACUUUUUCACUUGAACUCAGUACUGCAUGAAGUUUGGUCUGGCAGCAGCUCUCUCCUCCAACUCUCCUUCUCUCAUGAAGUCCAGGCUGCUUUCUCUAGCAGCUGCUAUUGACUCUUAAGCUUCAAAAUUGCCAUCAACCCUGGUGGUCUUAUUAAUGAUGGACUGCUUAUUUUGUGAAUAUUUAUUACUCCUUGAAAGGAAAUUGCCCCAUCCCAUCCCCUGUUAAUUGGUGGUUGUUGUUGUGACUGCUACAGUGUAAUGGAAGCAAUUUUCCAUUCAGUGUGGAAGAGAUAAAACUAUUCUCAAUUUCCAUCAUUAAAGAGUAAUGUGUGUGUGUUUUUUAAAUUUUUUUUAAAAUUUCCAUCAUUCCCCUGUUGUUCUGGUUGACCUGCUGUUGGGAAGAGGGAGAUGUUAAUGGACCAUUCAUGCAGCCGCUGUGGGCAUUUUCUGCCCUUUGCUCCUGGUGCUUACCUGGAGUUAAAUCUAUUUCCACAGCAGCAGCAGUAGCAGCAUGUGAUGUCAGAUGUGUUCAAAAAAGCUGGACGUCACUUUCUUGGAGAAUAAAAAUUGACAAUUUUAAAGUCUUGUAUUUCUUGACAACUCUUUGUUGAUUGUACCACUAUUAUCUCGCCCACCCUGUAGCAAUGUCUGCUGCUGCAGCCUCCUCUCCUGGCAAGCACUUACUGACCUCUGCAGCUGUCGUGUACAAACUCAAAAAUUAAAGACAAACAACAGUGA